AUGGUUGAGGCUGGUGAACGCAAGGCAUUCGCCAGGCCUUUUGCGGACUUGGAUGACUUUGGACUGCCGAGCGAUGACGAGGAGCUCAUCUCGCUGGCCGGGCCCGGCGCCCGCUUCGUGGCCGCGGCAAGGCGCCGCAAGGCAACUGGAAAGGUGACCACCGUGCUCAAGGACCUGCCCAAGGAGCCUCGCGAGGAAGUGCUGCCGGAGCCUCUCAAGGAACUGCAAGUGGAGCAGGAAGCCAAGGCAGCCAAGCCAGAGCGCAAGUCCUGGGCCGACAUGAUGGAAGAUGAUGACAUCUUCGACUGGCCAGAGGUCCGAUGCGUUUGA